AUGAGUAAUGAGGAACAUCAUCAUCAGCGUCGACGACAUCUUCUUCUCGGCGUAACGGGAAGUGUAGCAGCGAUUAAAAUACAAGAACUUGUACAGAAUUUUCAUUCGAAUAAUAUCGACACAAUUGUUAUUCCAACUGAAGUUGCCAAACACUUCCUUGGCCUCGAGGAUUCUUGGUGUUCUCAUGGAUCUGUGAAUGAAAUCAAAAGUCCUUGCUAUUUCGAAGAUAAAGAUGAAUGGUCUACAUGGAAAACUCGUGGUGAUCCUGUUUUACAUAUUGUACUUCGCGAUUGGGCUGAUGUUCUUCUCAUUGCACCAUUAGAUGCGAACACAUUAGCUAAGAUAUCAGUUGGAAUUUGUGACAAUCUCUUAACCAAUGUCGUUCGUGCUUGGGAUUUAAAGAACGGAAAACCAUUGAUCGUUGCUCCUGCUAUGAAUACGGCUAUGUACGAACAUCCGUUAACACGACAGCAGCUAGAUUUAAUCACGAAAACAUUUGGAUACAUAGAAAUUCCUUCUAUUGAAAAAACAUUAAUGUGCGGACAAACUGGUAUUGGAGCGAUGGCAUCGGUAGAAAGUAUUGUGACAGAAACAUUAAAGAUCUUUCAAAGGGUGUCAAGCAAUUAA